AUGAGGAGCAGGAAAGAGCACGCCAGCGAGCUAGGCGUGAACGCAUUCGACGACGCAUCAAGAGCGAGUCCCCGCUCCGUAUCGAUGAAACAGCCGAACUACCCAUCAGAACCAUCCCACCUUCCCACGAACCAGCAUACUUCGAAUCUUCCAAGUGGAGCGCGCUUGGCUGUCUUGGUGACUUGUAUCUGUACGGCUGUGUUCUUGCAGGCGUUGGAUACUACGAUUAUCUCGACUGCUAUUCCAAAGAUUGUCAAGCAGUUCCAUUCCCUCUCUGAUGUGGGUUGGUACGGCUCAGGUUAUUUCCUUACCACGUGUGCUUGCCAGCUCAUCUGGGGCCGCAUCUAUACUUUCUACAACCUCAAAUACGGUUACUUGGUCGCCAUCACCAUCUUCGAGAUCGGCUCUCUCAUCUGCGGCCUCGCUACCUCGUCGGUCAUGCUCAUUGUUGGUCGAGCAAUAGCCGGCCUUGGCUCAGCGGGUAUAUACGCCGGCAGCUUCAUCAUCAUCGCCUUCUCAACCAAGCCCGCCAGUCGCCCUAAGUACAGCGCCCUCCUCGGAAGCAUGUACGGCAUCUCCAGCGUCGUCGGCCCCCUAGUCGGCGGCGCCUUCUCUGACAAGGUCUCCUGGCGCUGGUGCUUCUUUAUCAACCUGCCGCUCGGCGCCGUCGCCCUCACAGGCAUUGUCUUCUUCUUGAAGCAGCCCGCACAAAACGCCGCAUUGCGUAAUCUUCCCAACAAGGAGAAGAUCAAGCGGCUCGACUGGCACGGCACACUCGUCUUCAUCGGCGCCCUCACGUCGCUCUUCAUCGCUCUCGAAUGGGGCGGUGACCGCUACGCCUGGGAUAAUGACCGCAUUGUUGUAAUGCUCUUCUUCUUUGGCCUAGGGAUCUGCGCCUGGGUGUGGAUCCAAUACUGGAAAGGCGAAUCCGGUACCGUCCCCGCGCGCAUUAUCGGGCAGCGCAGUAUCUGGACCGCGGCAUCCAGCUGCUACUGCAUGGGCGGCAGUUUCUUCAUCCUGCUGUACUUCAUCAGCAUAUACUUCCAGGCCAUUAAAGAUGCCUCGCCGCUCAAAUCGGGUGUCCAGAGCUUGCCAACGCUGCUGGGUCUUACGCUUGGCAUGACGAUCGCGGGACAUACGCAUAAGUUUGUCAAGUAUCAUGCUGCGUAUAUGGUUGGCUCCGCGGUCAUUGCGACGAUUGGGUGUGGGCUGAUUAGUACUUGGAGUCCGGAGUCGAACUCGCCGCGCUGGAUAGGAUAUCAGGCACUGUUCGGUAUCGGGCAGGGCUUUGGGUGGCAGCAGCCGCUGCUUAUCGCGCAGGCGUUCCUUGAGACCAAGGAUAUCCCAAUUGGAACGGCGCUUAUGAGCGGUAUCAAGCUUUUCGGAGGCGCAACGUUUAUCUCCGUCGGCUCGGCCGUCUUCAACAACAAGCUCAAGGAGAAACUGCGCCAGAUACCGGGCUUGGAUCUCCACGCUGUCCGGGAAGCAGGAGCCAGCGGCCUCAGACAGGCGAUCCAUGACCCCGCGCAGUUGCACGCCGUCAAGAACGCAUACAGCUCCGCUCUCUCGACUACCUUCACCAUUUCGGUGGUGCUAAGCUGUCUCGCCAUAGUCGGCGCGCUGGGCGUGGAGUGGAAGAUCCCGCCCGUCAAGAUCCCAGGCGGGCCCGGAGGCCCGGAUGCAGAUGCGGGUGCAGAGGCCGCCCGUGAGUAA